CAUCGCCCGGCAUGGAGCCGGGCCCCGCGGGCACCUCGGCCCGGGCUCGGCGGGGUGGAGGCUUUGCGGACUUCUUCGCCAGGAUUUGUAAUAGCGACCAAGACAAGAUCGAGAAACAGCCCGAGAAAGAAAAUUCUUGGAAUUAAAAAAGCCUAAACUUAUUUGGCAGAAAAGUACUUUUUUUCGUAUAGUCAGCUGAAAGUCUUUUUCAAAUGAAAAAAAAUGAUUGAGGUUUGGAAAGAAUAAAUCUUUUUCUAAAAAGGACAAAGGAACUCAAAUCAGUUGUUCAUAGUGCGCCUGGUUGGAAAUUAUUUGGAAAAGUCCCUCCCAGAGAGAAUCUCCAAAAAACUUCCAAAAUCAUUCAGCAGGAAUAUGAAGCACGAACAGGAAGGACAUGUAAACCACCACCUCAGUCUUCACGACGUAAAAAUUUUGAAUUUGAGCCACUUUCUACCACAGCCCUGAUUCUUGAGGAUCGACCAUCAAAUCUUCCUGCUAAAUCUGUGGAAGAAGCUUUACGCCACCGACAAGAAUAUGAUGAAAUGGUGGCUGAGGCUAAAAAAAGAGAAAUCAAAGAAGCACAUAAAAGAAAAAGAAUAAUGAAAGAGCGAUUUAAACAGGAAGAAAGCAUUGCAAGUGCAAUGGUAAUUUGGAUCAAUGAAAUACUGCCCAAUUGGGAAGUGAUGCGUAGUACAAGAAGAGUUCGAGAAUUGUGGUGGCAGGGAUUGCCCCCUAGUGUUCGUGGGAAAGUAUGGAGUCUAGCUGUAGGAAAUGAACUAAAUAUCACUCCUGAACUUUAUGAGAUCUUCCUUUCAAGAGCAAAAGAACGAUGGAAAAGCUUCAGUGAAACAAGUUCAGAUAAUGAUAUAGAAGGUAUAUCUGUUGCUGACCGAGAGGCCAGUCUGGAAUUAAUUAAGUUGGACAUAUCCCGUACAUUUCCAUCUCUCUACAUCUUUCAGAAGGGUGGCCCAUAUCAUGAUGUUUUACAUAGUAUCUUAGGGGCAUAUACUUGUUACAGACCUGAUGUUGGUUAUGUCCAAGGGAUGUCCUUCAUUGCAGCAGUACUCAUUCUCAAUUUAGAAGAGGCAGAUGCCUUCAUUGCAUUUGCAAAUCUCCUGAACAAGCCAUGCCAACUGGCCUUUUUCCGUGUUGAUCACACCAUGAUGCUGAAAUAUUUUGCAACAUUUGAAGUAUUCUUUGAAGAAAACCUCUCCAAACUAUUUCUUCAUUUCAAAUCUUACAGUCUUACACCAGACAUAUACUUAAUAGACUGGAUCUUCACACUAUAUAGCAAAUCUCUACCACUUGAUCUGGCUUGUCGAGUCUGGGAUGUAUUUUGCAGAGAUGGGGAGGAGUUUUUAUUUAGGACUGGAUUAGGAAUCCUCCGGUUAUAUGAAGAUAUUCUCCUACAGAUGGAUUUUAUUCAUAUAGCACAGUUUUUAACAAAAUUGCCAGAAGAUAUCACAUCUGAGAAGCUGUUCAGCUGUAUUGCAGCCAUUCAGAUGCAGAAUAGCACCAAAAAAUGGACUCAGGUCUUUGCUUCUGUAAUGAAGGAUAUUAAAGAAGGAGACAAGAACUGCAGCCCUGCCCUGAAAAGUUGGGGAAAAUUUGAGUUAUCUGGGAACUUGGAAGUAUUGGUGGGAGAUUGUUUUUGUUUGUUUAAGGUGUUUUCUCACAGUAUUCUAUUUGUUUUUGAAGGGAAGAAGAAGAAGAAUUUUAGCCUUUUUAGUGUAACAUUGUUUAUCUCAUAAUUUAGUAUUAAACAAACUAUUUGAUAGAAUGAAAGUUCUUUUUGCACUUUAUUGGACUGAAGUUUUGACUUUGGGAAUAAGUCCAAAAAUAUAAAUGAGGUUUAAUUUCAUUGGUAAGAAUAAAAAGUAAUGAAUUCUGAGUUUUUAAAUAGCAUACUGUGUCACAAGACUUUGCUUUUUUUCUAGAUAAAUUCCUCCUUUGUGAAAUGAAAUUUAUUAAUUCCAGUUUGAAAUUUAAAAUCUUACAUGUCCUAAAUCCAUAACUUGUGUAACACUAUGUAUAAUUUUUAUAAUCAAUGAAGAGUAAAAUUAAAAUUUUUCUGAGUCUAAUGGCAUAGUAGAUAAGGAAAGUAUUAAUCAUUGGUAAAUUUAUUAUAUUGGUAAAUUUAUUACAUUGAAUUUAUUAUAUUGAAUUUUUGACCAUAAACUAAAUCAUUUGAAUGUUAUUGAGUUUAUAUAACAUACCACUUGGUUAAUAAUUAGUUUAUAUUUUUAUGUUACAGUUUGGUUUGAAACUACUUAAACACACAAUUUCUGUUAGUAGUAUAGUAUAGUCUUCAAACUAACAAGCCUGAGAUCCUUGUUAGUGUAGUGACUGCCUCGUAAGGAGUAUGGGUCCAGAGGGUGCCCAUUUAUUUUUACCCUAUGGGUCAUUCUAGCCUAGGGGACUACUAGUGGAACCCUCAGAAGUUAACUCCUGUCAUGGGGGAUAGCUCAGUGGAAAUUGGUAAUAUAAUAACAUAUUGAGGAAAUUGUCCAGGGUCUUUAUGGUUUAGGAUGACCUUUAAACUCUGGUAACUAUUUCCUUGGUAUCGGUGUCCCUGAUAGAGGGAAUGUAUCCUCUGGCAGUAAUCUCAUUGAGGUUUUACUACCUGCCUAUAUUUAAUAUUACUUUUAUGUAUUUGCUUCUUGAGGGAGACCUAAGUUACUGUGUUUCUUUUUCUUAUUUUUUUAUUGUACAGUUUCUUUACCUUCAAAUAUAAAUAAAUGUGUAUAUAAAAUGUAAAUAUAAAGAGUUCGCUAAAAACCACUAGUAACAAUUGCUAUGUAAAUAAAACAUAUAAGCAGAGUUAUUUGAAGUGAGUGUUUAUUACUUUGGAGAUUCCUGAUUUAGUUAACCACAUCUGGAGAAAAACAGGCCUACACUUUUUUUUUUGGUGGGGGAAAGGUAGGAUGGGGUGUUCAUAUUUCUCUUCCAAGGGAAGCAAUAAGCCUUCAGUCUUUUGAGACACUCAGUACUGGCAGCUAAAAUACUAUACUGUUAUCUUUCCUUUGAACCUCAUACAUAAGCAAACACAUAGUGUUUCGCAGGUGUUUGUCUUUUGGUUAAAUAUAUUUUUCCUAAAAUAUCCAAGAUAAUGUGAAAUUUAAUGUUAUUUCUGUUGCUUGUCUACUUAAAUAUGUUGCUUUUUUCUUUCAUAUUCCUUUAGUCUAUUAUUCUUUCAUUACUCCUUUAUUAUUCCAGGCUAUAGUGCAUUAUAUAAGUGCUACUGAAAGAUUCAAGCAACUUGUUUUCUAAAGUCAGAUUUUUGCUUUUUUCUUUGGCAUUGAUGACCUUUAUGUAAUGCUGUUGGUUUCAGUAUAUUUGACUACACAAAAGUUAGGCAACAUAACAUUUGUGAAGUGACACUGAAAUUUUAAAAGCUUCUGACUUUCAGAUAACAGCUUUCCGUGUAGGGUGGGAAUUAGUACUGCUUUUAUUUACAACAGUCAACUCAUUUAGGGGGUAUAAUUCUAAUUUUUUUUACUUAAUAAUGCCCUAGUUUAUUUUCACUUUUCUAUUUUUGUUUGGAUAAGAUAAAAUUCUUGAUGAAGAGCAUAUUCAGGUAACAGGCUUGAUUUAAAAAAUUUUAAAGAGGCAAAAAUGGAAAUCUAUUAGGUUUUAACUGAUAACCAACUGAUCAAUUGUGUUAGAAUCUCUAGAAAAAAAUUGAUAUUUGAUGUAUUGACCAAUUUUGCUGUUUGUCAAUCACUACCUAAAAGAUGAAUUCUCAUAGUAAAACCUUACUUAAUUAAAACUUGACUGUUUCACAGCAUAUGAAAAAUGAAGUCACUUCAUUUUAUCAGGGAAACUGGCCACUUCAAAAAAGAAGCUGCCAUGCUCUAUAAAAAUAUUGUUUACAAGUGCAGUUCUAAUAGAAGCAAAUGAUAAGGAAAUUUGAAUUUAUUCAAUCACACUUAUUAAGCCCUGAUUAUGUGCCAAUUUCUGCCUCUUUAUAUUUUGGUAAAUUAUAUAAAGUUGUAAGACUUGAGAAUCUAGCAAAAUUGCUUUUCUUUCCAAACAUGUGGCUGUUUAUAUUGUCAUUUUGUCCCCAAUUACUAAUGUUUUAUUGUAUACAGUUCUUUUUGUGGGCUAGGGUUGUUUUUUAAUAAAUACUAGGAAGGAAGUUUAACUUUUUAGAAAACUGCAUUGCAGAAGUGUUUCAUUUGUUGAACAUUAAACAGAACUGUCAUGAC